AUGCCCCGCCAAUUCCUUCGAGAUCGUUGUAAAGAAUGCCGGGAACGCCGCGUGCGGUGCGAUGGCAAACAUCCUACUUGUUCAUCAUGCCAGAAAAGAAAUCGAAGGUGUCAUUGGCCGUCAGCAGAUAGACCAAGCCCGGCCCCAGAAUCGAGUGUCAGUCGCCUCGAGUCCUUGGUAUCAACAAAAGACCCAAAGGCUGCCCUGAAAGAUUUCGACAACUUUCGUCUAUACCAGAACUACGUGUUCAACCUUGCUGCCUGGUAUGACUUGAACGAUCGCCAACGACACUUCACAGAUGUUGUACCCGUUCGUGCCCGCGACAGUCCGCUCCUGCUAAGUGCAAUACUGGCGUUUUCGGCCAUCAAUCUAGCCCAUAGAAAGAAUGGCGAGGAGAAAAUGGGUUCCGUGGCUGAAUUCUACCAUCUGGAGAGUGUAGAGAUGUUGUUGGAAAUCACACGCAACGGGCCUAUGGGUUAUCAAUCGAAAAGCGACACGCUGGCGGCAAUCUGCUUACUUCGGUCAUAUGAGAUUAUAUCUGGUACACCUCUCACACACGCAGCAUUCUGGAAUUACCUCCGGGAAGAUAUCACCAUGGCACUCAUUGAGCGCCGAAAACUAAUGAUCGAACUCACGGACGACCAUUUCGCCAAAACCCGAAAAUCGGAUGACGAAGAAGCAAAUGCCGUCACCGUCCUACUUGGACAAACCAUCAACCUUUGUUUCGAUGAGAAACCCUUGGACGUCGAUCGCUGGAUGUCUUUAAAUCGCAGCCUUGGCGACUGGGAGAAGAGCCUCCCUGGCUCAUUUGAGCCCAUUACGGACAUGAUCCUCCCCCGAGCCGAAAGCAGACCUGAUGCCUUCCCACUAUAUGGCACUCUGCAUGGAUGGCAUGCUGCGGCUCGUCAAUAUUAUAAGACCGCCUCGAUGAUCUUACUUCUUGCGACUCCACCGGAGUCGUCGACGGCCACUACGGCUAUCGGAAAUAUGAGACAAUUUGCAAACUUGACAUUAGCUCUCGAGCUCUCAAGCUCGGAAAUAUGUGCUCUGGCUCUGUCAAGUGAAUCUGAAGCUGUGUGGGUCAAUUCGUUUGGGCCUAUUGCUUUUUGUGGCCGUUGGCUUCGUGGUCAGAGAAAAAGGGAUGCUGUCAUCAAGGGCGUGCUGUAUUGGGGUGCCCAAACAGGAUGGCCUGUUACGCCUGUAGUUCAGUCUCUGCAAGGUGACUCGUAG